CUCGCCCUCUCUCUCCUCCUCCUCUCGGUGAGUCUCUAGGUGAGUCAAAAGCAGCCCUGAAUCAGGAAGUAGGAUGCCGUGACAGACAUUAGUAGGCAGAAGGAAAUGGGCACCACCACCACACAAUGUCACUAUGUCUGCUGCUGCUCCUGUCCAUGGUAACACAAGGACGAGAGGGAGGAGAGGCCACAGGGAAAUGACCCCAUCGUCGAUCAUGUUGCUGCUGGCUCUGACAGCCUGCCUAGCUGGGACUGUGUUCUGCCAGGGUGAUGAGGACGCAAAUACUGUUGAAGAAACACAAACAGAAAAUGAUGCUGGGUUCUCAGUGAUCCCAACUGUAAGUGACGCUACCCCUACACCAGACUCAUACCUAUCAUCUGAGAGUCCUUCAGAGGGAUAUGAGACUGAAGCUGAAUCUGGUUCUGGAUUCAGUACAGGUGUCAAUUCAGAAGGGGAGGAUCAGCUCAAAUCCUCUGAAGCACCACUGGAGGACAGUCUGAGUCUCACCUUCGUCCUGGUUCCUGUUGUGCUGGUGGUCGUGAUAAUCGCCAUGGUAGUGGGCGUAGUCAUGAUCAACCGCAGAUGGAAUCGGAAAGAAAAGAGCAAUUCUGAUAAUGUAGAAGAGGAUAAAUAUUUGCAUGGUAGCGAUGACACAGAAAACGUUCCAAUGCCCAUGUUUGAGGAUGAUGUCCCCUCUGUGUUGGAGCUGGAGAUGGAAGACCUGGAACAGUGGAUGAAUAAGAUGCAUUAG